AUGGCUCAAGCGACCGGGGCCUUCCAGGUUCAUUACUUCGCCAGCGCAUCGAGCUAUACGGGCCGUCAAACAGAGUCUCUGCCCGCACCACUUCCGCUGGCGAAAUUGUUCGAUGUCUUGGAAUCCAAGUAUCCUGGGAUUGAGGAAAAGAUUUUAACGAGUUGUGGGGUUAGUGUUAAUGUGGAAUACGUGGAUGUGGAGGAGGAGAAAGCGAAACUCCGCGAUAUGGAAGCUGCCCAAGAGGGCCAAAAUCAGGGCCUGGUGAUUAUCAAGGACGGUGAUGAAGUAGCUAUUAUUCCCCCAGUUAGUUCGGGGUAUGCCCCGAAAGGCCAUGAGGCAUGUAUACAAGAGAGCGAAGCCGUCCCGGUUUUCGGCCCGAGCGCUGACUCCACCACGGUAACUGCGAGCAAUGUGUCUAGCUGGGUGAUUGGCAGUUGA